AUGGCUCUUCCCGCGGGGCUCUGGGCAGCCUGGAUCCAGCUGGUGCUGAGCGCCGGAGUCACCACCCAGGCGCUGGGUGUGGCAGGGGCACCUGUGUCCGAGCCCCAGGUGGCCGUGUUCUGUGGGAAGCUGACCAUGCAUCGAAACCUGCAGACGGGCGGGUGGGACCCCGACGCUGCCGGCGCCCGCAGCUGCUUCCGCAACCGCCAGGAGAUCCUCGCCUACUGCCAGGAGGUGUACCCCGAGCUGCAGAUCACCAAUGCAGUGGAAGGCACCCAGCCAGUCACCAUCAACAACUGGUGCAAGAAAGGACGUCCCCAGUGCAAGGGGCAUCGGCACAUCGUGGUGCCCUACAGGUGCCUGGUGGGUGAGUUUGUCAGUGAAGCUCUUCUUGUGCCUGACACCUGCAAGUUCCUGCACCAGGAGAAGAUGGAUUCAUGCGAGAGCUAUGUCUACUGGCACGGCGUGGCCAAGGAGGCCUGCAGCAGUGAGGGACUGGAGCUGCACAGCUAUGGGAUGCUGCUGCCCUGUGGGGCUGACCGCUUCCGGGGCGUGGAGUACGUGUGCUGCCCCUCACUCCCCCUCCCUGUCCGGCUGGAGGAACCCACCCUGGUCCCCCACAACAUGGCCCACCUGAAGGAAGAGCCCAAGCACAGUGAGAGGCUCCCAACAGGCUGGGCCCCCACGGAAGAGGAGACGCUGGAGGCAGAUGGGGAUGGGGAGGAGGAUGUUGAGGAGGAGGAGGAAGAGAACGAAGGCCCCAGGGACAGUGCAGCCGACACUGACCCCUUCCCGGCCACCUGGGAUGACUAUUUCGUGGAGCCCGGUUACUACGAUGACAGCGUCACCCAGACCACCAUCACCACCACCACGCGGACCACCGAGGAGGAGGGCAAAGCCAGCCCUACCCCGCACCCCACAGAUGGCGUGGAUAUCUACUUCGAGAUGCCAGGCGACGGGAGUGAACACGCCAACUUCCUGCGAGCCAAGAUGGACCUGGAGGAGCGCAGGAUGAAACAGAUUAACAAGGUGAUGAAGGAGUGGGCCGAGGCGGACAACCAGGCCAAGGAGCUACCCAAGGCUGACCGGCAGGCGCUGAACGAGCAUUUCCAGUCUAUCCUGCAGACACUGGAGGAGCAGGUGGCGGGCGAGCGGCAGCAGCUGGUGGAGACACACCUGGCCCGGGUGGUGGCCCUGCUCAAUGACAAUCGGCGCGUGGCACUGGAGAGCUACCUGAGCGCCGUGCAGAGCGACAGCCCGCAGCCAGAGCGGGUGCUGCCGGCGCUGAGGCGAUACAUGCGGGCGGAGCAGAAGGACCAGCGGCAUACGCUGCGGCACUACCAGCAUGUCCGUGCCGUCGACCCCGAGAAGGCUGAGCAAAUGAAGUUCCAGGUGUACACCCACCUGCACGUCAUUGAGGAGCGCAUGAACCAGAGCCUGGCCCUGCUCUACAAGAACCCUCAGCUCUCUGUGGGGUUGCGGGACCAGAUACAGGAGCUGCUGCGGGCGGAGCGGGCAGGGACCAGCAGCCUGCUCACCACAUCCAUCUCCGAGACACGCACCACCGAGGAGUUCUUGCCGCUGGACAGCAGUGAGGACCUGAGCCCCGAGGACCAUCCUGACCACCUGGGGGCUGGGGACUUCUUCCAGGGGGAAGACUCCCAGCCAGCCGCGAAGAAAGCCUCGGGGAUGGCGGCGGAGUAUGACUACCUCACCAGCGAGAAGAUCCCGUUGGGCGAGGAUGAGCAGAGGGUAAACAUCUCCGUGGGGGACAUCAAAGAAGUGGUGUACAAGUCCCCGGAGAUCCAGCGCGACGAGCUGGAGCCGGACACCCUGGUAACCAUUAACAGGGGUGCCCUGAUUGGCCUGCUGGUAGUAGCAGUGGCGGUCGCCAUGGUGAUCAUUAUCAGUCUCCUGAUGGUUCGCCGGAAGCCCUACGGGACCAUCAGCCACGGCAUCGUCGAGGUGGACCCCAUGGUGAGCCCCGAGGAGCGGCAGCUCAGCAAGAUGCAGAACCACGGCUACGAGAACCCCACCUACAAAUUCUUCGAGGAGAUGCACUGA